AUGUCAGUAUUGGGUCGUGUGCUUCCACAUUUUAUGCACUCAGUUUGUAGAAUUCCAACAGUUUUGUACUGCAGCGCAAAAUAUACUGUAACUAUGGCUAAAAAGACAGCAAUUUUAUUAUUAGCCGAUGGCUCUGAAGAAAUGGAAGCUGUAAUAACGACGGAUGUUUUACGUCGUGGAGGAAUUGACGUUACUGUUGCUGGUCUUUCUGAUAGUACAUGUAUCAAGUGCAGUCGUGAUGUAAAAAUUUGUGUGGAUAAAAAACUUCAAGAUGCAACUGAUAAAAAAUAUGAUGUUGUAAUAUUACCUGGUGGCUUGGGUGGUUCAAAGGCUUUUGCAUCUUCAGCAGAAGUUGGAAAAUUGUUACAAGAGCAAGAAAAAGAAAAUAGAGUCAUUGCUGCUAUUUGUGCUGCACCAACUGCAUUAAAAGCACAUGGUAUUGCAAAAGGAAAGCAAAUUACAUCUUAUCCUGCAAUGAAAGCUGAGUUGGCAGAUGACUACAAAUACUUGGAAGAUAAAGUUGUAAUUGAUGGUAACUUAAUUACUAGCAGAGGUCCAGCAACUGCAUUUGCUUUUGGUUUGGCUAUUGUGGAAAAAUUGGUUGAUAAAAAAACAGCAGAUGAUGUGGCAAAAGCAAUGUUGUAUUCUCAGUAAAAAUGAAAUUAAGAACUCUUGCAUAAGUGUUUUAUAUAUAUAAU